AUGAAGAUAUUUGUUUUAAAAAAUUAUUAUCAUGUUUUUUUGUUGUUGUUGUUGAAUAAAGGCAAUGGAGUGGCCUCGGAUUUAGAUGUUAAGAUGGAUGGAAAGGAAGCCGCCAGUGAUUCUCAAAUUCCUGGGGGUUCCACAAUGAAUGGUACUUGUGGUGAUGGCAAUGACACCGUGGACGGUAGCAGCUCCACAAAUUAUGCUGCUGUUGCCGCUGCAGCCGCCGCCAGUGCUGCUGCCACCGAGAGAAAACUCGUCGAAGUGACCGAAAGAGCACGUGAUCUCGACUCGACGAUCUCCACACUGCAGAAGGAGCUUGGACGGGCGCAAGAUCAGGUGACAAGAAUGCAGCGAGAUCUCCGGGAAUCUGAGGCACAACGGGAGGACCAAGAAGCACGGAUUUCGACGCUGGAACAGCGCUACCUCGCAGCCCAGCAUGAUGCUACCGCAGCUCACGAAAAGGCUAAUCGCAUUGGCGCUGAUCUUAUUAGUCGGGAUUCUGAACUCAAACAGUCUGAAGAGCGAGGUAACCACCUACGAGUUGAGGUAGACAUGCUUCGAAACAAAAAUGAAGACCUCCAAGUUCUCCUUGAGAAGUAUCAAAGCCAAGAGGGUGGCCAAUUGUCGUCUAUAGCCUCCGGUAACGCCGACACCACGUUAGAUCAAGCUGGGAGCUCUGUGGAUGAUAAAGAGUCCAAUAUUCGAGCAAUGCGGGCAGAGCUCAGCCAAGCUGAUGAUCGGCUACGAGAGGUGCAGGCUGCCAUGGCGGAAACGCAGGCUGAACUGCAGCGAGCUAGACAACGUGAACGACUCAAUGAGGAGCAUAGUGCUCGACUUACUGCAACUGUUGACAAGCUCUUACUGGAGUCAAACGAACGACUGCAAACCCACCUUCGUGAGAAGAUGGCAGUAAUGGAGGAAAAGAACCAGCUGACCGGUGAAUUAGAUCGCGUUCGACGUCAAGUGGAAUCCAUCCAGUCGGAGCGCGAUCGUCUUGUCAAUGAACUCGAUAGAGUUCGUAGACAAGCUUCGCUGGCUGAAUCCUUAGAUCUAACUAACCUUAACAAUGACGGCUUCUCUGGUUUUACAGCUGGGUCACUUGGCAGACCACCAUCAAAAGCUGAAAAUAACAUUGAUGGUGCGUCAUCCACAGUUAGUCCAACGUCUGCUGCUCCUGAAAAUCUUUCACCGGAUGGCAAGCCUUCUGCUAGUUCCCAGACCACCAGUGAUGCCCAGGCAUUGGCUAUGCUAAUCCAAGACCAACUGGAUGCAAUCAACAAUGAGAUCAAGUUGAUUCAGGAGGAAAAGCAGAAUACUGAACAACUCGCAGAAGAGUUGGAAUCCCGAGUAGUGCAACAAUCGAAUCCCUACCUCUUUGAGUCCACUACUGCUGUUGGAGGCCAGCAACAAAUGGGCGGCGCAAAUCACGCAAAUUCCGCUUCUGUACCUCCUCACCUCCCCGGUUUCGGUCCAACUGGUUGGUCGCCUCCCCCAUCUCCUCUUACAGCACGUGUUGGUACACCCACAACCCUCCACACUGUCAUGACCACUGGUUAUGGGACAGCUAUGGUACCCCCGCAUCGGGUCACUACCGCUGCUGGAUCCCAUUCCUAUGCCACUGGUCGGGCAGGUCCUCUAUUCCCCUCUGGUACCCCAGCUCCCCAACGCGCCAACUCUGCCAUGGCCCAGCUUCUUUGCCAGCCGCAAAAGCCGAACGAAUUUGGAAUUAACUCUCCAGGUAAUUUCAAACGCCAUGGUUCGAACCCCGGUGUCAAUGAAAUGAUGAGUAAUAACAUCAGUAAUGCCCAGGAAAGUCCGUAUGAGUUCGGACCGGACAAUGUCAGUAUUAGCCAGUUACCUAUGUGGCGCCCGGAUAACAAUGGCCAGAAGGUUCCUGAAGACCUCUCAUAUCCUGCUCAACGAGCUUCAAGCAGUAUGGGACAGCCAUAUCCAAGCCAAUCUGUUAACGGCGUCAGCGCUCCCUCACCCCUUAGACAAUCUACCAACUCCAAUACUACUCAUAUUUUCAGCAAUGGACGGAAUCGCAGCUUGCAGCGUUUAAUGGAAGCCGAAGCUUUGCGCUUGAAUGAAAGUGGACGCCCAAAUUCGGCCAGUCCAGUUCCACCCAAACCUCAAAUCCGCAUGACGUCUACGACUUCCCCUGCCCAGCAAAAACCCUCCCAAGAUGCCGUUGGAACUGAUACCAACAGCAGACGUCAUUCUGUUCCCUCGUACAGAAUUGUUGCUUCUAGUAGCGCUGCCAAUGCUGCUCCACCAUCUAGACAUCCUUACAGAACUAUGAUGGGAAAUGUCCCAGUAGCGACCUCUGGUGCCUUGCUAGAGAGUCCAGGUUCGAGUGCGAGCUCAAAAUCCGAUCCUGCUUCAGUGACAAAGCAAAUAAAUCAAGGAGGUUUGGUGCCGGCUUCCUCACCCUACAAUACUCACUUUCCACAUGAGGGAGAUGUUCCUCUAAUGAACACACAUCAUCAUCACCAUCCCCAUCAGCAUUAUCCAACUUCCACGACUACUCCAUCCACAACUACAAUGGGAAUACCUGGAACUCCAAAACCAAUGUACCUUCAACGUGUUGGUCCAGGCAGUUCACAAUUUGCUCCCUCACCAACUCCCACUAAGAAGAAAUCGAUAACAGGCACACUGGGUCGAAUCUUUAAGCGGGGUGGGAAGGAUCAACCACAGAUCGGUCUGCCUCAAAGCCCUGUAUUCCAUCGCCAACAGCGCUUGGCUUCCACUUCACCAUCACUGGGUAUUGCCUAUAAUUCUCAAGCUGCUGCACAAAUGCAGCAGAAACAGCUACUUCAACACCAGCAACAGCAGCAUUUACAAUUCCUCCGGCAUAAAGAAAUGCAGCAGCAACACCUCUAUCAGCUAGCUCAGCGUCAGCAACAACAGCAGCAGCAGUUGCAACAACAGGGUAAACACUAA